AAACAGACUUAAAUAGACACAGUGUAUCUGACGCGUUGACAGGAAUUCAUUGAAGAGCGUUUUCAUCACCAUCAUAUCACAGGCGUAUUUCUAAAGAUGGGAAACCCCCGUGUUUACUUUGACAUCACCAUUGAUGGCUCCAACGCUGGCAGGAUUAUAAUGGAGCUCCGUGCAGAUGUAGUCCCAAAGACUGCAGACAAUUUCCGUGCUCUGUGCACUGGAGAGAAGGGUUUUGGAUAUAAGGGGUCCACAUUUCACCGUGUCAUCCCUAAAUUCAUGUGUCAGGGCGGUGACUUCACCAACCACAAUGGAACUGGAGGCAAAUCCAUUUAUGGAGAGAAGUUUCCUGAUGAGAACUUCCAGUUAAAACACACAGGCAUGGGAACUCUGUCCAUGGCCAAUGCUGGUCCCAACACUAAUGGAUCCCAGUUCUUCAUCUGCACAGCUUCCACUGACUGGCUGAACGGGAAGCAUGUAGUGUUUGGCAACGUUGUGGAGGGCAUUGAUGUUGUCAAGGCAAUAGAAAAGCAGGGCACAAAGAGCGGCACUCCUAAAGCUAAGAUUGCCAUUGCUGACUGUGGGGAACUAAAAUAGUGUGACACAACUCCUUCACUUUAUAUCUGUUCUCCUUUACCAUCAACAUCCCUGUUAAUCUUUAAGGUUGUGCAUAUGUGCAGUUUCAGUAGGAAAACACCCAGUGAACCAACUUUCUCCUCUAAAAAUAUUUGUAUGUUGUGUUGAUGUUUUUUGUGUCAUGUUUUGUACCUUCUAAUCUGUCCACCAAGGACCACAUUUGCUAACAAAAUCUGACUAAAAUGAUGGUGACAGUGUAAAUAAAAAAACAUGAAAGAUUU